AUGACUACCUAUGAAAAGAUAGUGAAAGGGGCAACCAAGGUGAAAGUGGCUGCUCCGAAACCCAAAUACAUUGAACCCAUAUUGAUGGCUACGUCUUUUGACCACUCAAUUGUUUCUGCUGAAAACUUCAACACCAUUAUGAGGACUUUACAACAAAGGCUACGUGAUAGUUCGUGGUCGGUUGUUUAUAAGUCGCUAAUUGUUAUCCACCUCAUGAUAAGAGAAGGAGACAAAGAUGUUACUUUGCGCUAUUUGGCAGACCAGGGCCAUUCAAUGUUGAACUUAUCGCUGAGUAACAUUGCCAGUAACAACAGUGGGAAUUUCAAUGCCGAUGUUCGAUUGAUUAUGAAGUAUUCUAAAUACUUACACACAAGGGUGAAGCAAUUUGAUGCUACGGGCAUUGACUAUGUACGAGACGAAAGAGCGAAUAACAGUACUACCCAAGAAGGUGGGAGAUUACGUUCAUUGACCAUUGAAAAGGGUUUGCUAAGAGAGACCGAAAGUGUUCAAAAACAAAUAGAUUCAUUACUCAAGAACAGUUUUAUGGAGAAUGAGAUCAACAAUGAUGUUGUCCUUACUGCCUUCAGAUUGUUGGUUAAUGAUUUAUUGGCAUUGUUUCAAGAGCUUAACGAAGGGGUGAUUAAUAUAUUGGAGCAUUAUUUCGAAAUGUCGAGAUAUGACGCUGAAAGAUCAUUGAAAGUUUACAAGAAAUUCGUUGAUCAGACAAAGUACGUUAUUGAUUACUUGAGAGUUGCAAAGCAUCUUGAAUACGCUACAAAGUUGCACGUUCCUACAAUUAAGCAUGCACCAACCGCGUUGACAAGCUCUUUGGAGGAGUAUUUGGAUGAUCCAAAUUUUGAAGUGAAUCGAAACCAAUAUUUGGCAGAGAAGAAUGGUAAGCAAAAUGCAAACGCUUCAAAGAAACCUGUUUUUGGUAAUAGAGAGGAAUCUAGAGCCACGUCACAGCCACAGCCACAGCCACAACCACAAGCACAAACGCAAGCACAAACGCAAGCACAAACGCAAGCACAAGAAGCUCUUAAUAAUGGUGGCGCAAGUGGAGUUCAGAGACACCCUUCGUUGGUGGUUCAACAAACUUAUAAUCCGUGGAGUAACAUUGCCGUACCUGUUUAUGCCCAAGCAUAUUCACAAGUACAAGCUGAUCCAUUUCAGCAACAACAGUUACAACAACAACAACAGUUACAACAACAACAGUUACAACAACAACAACAACAAAACACACUUAGUCACCAAUCGAGGGCAUCCUUACCCCCAAUAUUUCAAGGGCAAACGUACCAAUCACCCAUGCACACUUCAUUCACAGGGAAUGGAUUUGGUGGCUAUGGAAGCCAAACUAGUUUGCAACCACAACAAACAAGCUCUUUUCAACAGUCUUUGCAACCGUUACAACCUCAAACAACCAACCCCUUUUUACAACAACAGCAACCACAGCAUACGUCAACCCAGUUUCAGCAGCAAACGCCGUUACCGUUGCAACAUCAAACUACUAAUCCGUUUUUGCAACAAGCCCAACAGGCACAAACGGCGCCUGUCGUCCAACAACUGCAACAACAACAACCUCAAUUCACACUGCAAUAUGCUCAGCUGCAACCAACUCAAGGAUUACAGAGGGCAAAUACUAAUCCGUUUGCUAGCGUGGCAACGGGUCAACAAAAUUUCCAGCCACAAGGAGGUGUGUUCUUUGGACAACAGCAGCAACAGCAACAGCAACAGCAACAGCAGCCAAUACAGCCAUUGCAGCAUCAAUCCACCAACCCUUUUGCUCGACGUGUUUUUGAUCCAAACGUUGAUAGUUUGAUUUAG